UUCCUCAAUCGCAUCGAUGGGAUCCGGCUUCUCCUACGCGGGCUACGCUGCUGUUGCUUUCUCUACGGCCAUCGCCACCGCAGCUGUCUUGAAGGCACGGGACUGCUCUCAUAAAACAUGGAUGGACGAGUACGAGCGCACGCAUCCGCACUGUGUUGUGCACCGCGACCGCAUGCCCACCAAAGAAGACCACGACGCCUUCAUGGCUCGCCCCCAUGCCCACCAUGCCCUCCGCCACUACAAUUCCGCCAACCCGGGUGCAGAGUAUGAUGCUGUCAAGCCUCUGAAAUCUUCAAUCGUUGGUUUCAGAGAUGCGAUCUGGGUCCAUGUCAACUUUCUGGCUCGCAGGAAGGGUGCUCCACCCGAUACCCCCGAACAACGCUUCUUCGCUGAGAUGCACUACGACUGCCUUAACAGACCUUCUGUUGAAACAUGCAUCAUACUUGGUGAGUGA